AUGCUUAAUUUUUCCUUCCUACAGAUGAAACACCAAGAAAAACCUUCAGAAGAAAAUCUAACUGAAUUGACUGAAUUUGUUCUUUUGGGCCUUACUGAUAUUCCCCAUCUCCAGUGGUUUCUGUUUGGAUUAUUCUUGGUCAUCUAUAUCAUUAUACUGCUGGGCAAUGGCAUCAUAUAUCUGAUAACAAAACUGGAUCCUACUCUCCAGAUCCCCAUGUAUUUUUUCCUUGGCAAUUUUUCCUUCUUGGAAAUCUGCUAUGUAUCAGUUACUAUUCCCAGAAUGCUCAUGAAUCUUGGGACCCAGAGAAGAAGAAUUUCUUUAGUAGCUUGUGCUACACAAAUGUACUUUGGCCUUAUGUUGGGAGCCACAGAGUGCUUCCUCCUGGCAGUGAUGGCCUAUGACCGCUAUGUGGCCAUUUGUAACCCACUGCGCUAUUCUCUAGUCAUGAGCCAAAAGAUGUGUAUCCAACUGGUGGCUGGCUCUUGGAUCAGUGGAAUUCCAGUCCAGAUAGGGCAGACAUGCCAGAUUUUUUCUCUGUCCUUUUGUGGGUCUAACCGUAUAAAUCACUUCUUCUGUGAUAUCCCUCCAAUACUCAAGCUGGCCUGUGGAAACAUCUCUAUGAAUGAAAUGUUGGUUUACAUAGUUGCUGUGUUGUUUGUCACAGUUCCAUUUCUGUUAAUACUCUUCUCCUACACCAAAAUCAUAUGCAUAAUUCUUAAAUUACCUUCAGCCACAAAUAGGGCCAAAGCCUUCUCCACCUGCUCAUCUCAUCUUAUGGUUGUGGUGUUAUUCUAUGGGUCAGCAACAAUUACAUAUUUAAGACCCAAGACCAGUUACUCUUCAGGGACUGACAAAAUACUCUCUCUUUUCUAUACAAUUGUGACUCCCAUGUUUAAUCCCAUAAUAUACACUCUAAGGAACAAGGAUGUUAUCAUGGCACUGAGAAAAUUUCUAUGUAAAUAA